GAUAAUGGCAUGUCAGAAUACGACAUCGGGCACAGACCAGGCUCUGUUUCGGAAUCAUACGGUGGUCAUCCCGGAAGCAUGCGCGGUAAAGCGCCCUCAGUGUCCUCCUACAUCUCUUCUCGACGGGAAUCGCAGGCUUCGACUUAUGGAUUUGACUCCCGGAUGUCCCAACUGCAGAUCGACCCGAACAAUGGCCGCUCGGUGUCGCCUAACUCCCAGAAACGGCCGUGGUCUAGUACCUCUGGUACAGGGCCUGGUCGUCCUGUUCCGCAUAUCGCGCCGCCCAUCUUCCAUCCGGAUGCGAACAACAGGUAUCAGCCCAACCGGACUUAUCCCUUCCCUCACCCCAAUGCGCCCAACCCUACGCCUGGGUUCCCAUACGCGUUCCCGGACCCCCAGUAUGAUACUGCGUCUAUCGCGUCGACCUCGACCGGCCAAUUGGUUCAGCCUUCUGUUGAGCGGGUCAAGGAGACGCCGUACUCUCGUUCUCCGGAGUUAAGGGUUAGUCACAAAAUAGCCGAGAGGAAGAGACGACGGGAGAUGAAGGACUUGUUUGAUGAUUUGAGGGACAACUUACCCGUGGACAAGACUUUGAAGACGAGCAAGUGGGAGAUACUCAGCAAAGCCAUUGAGUACAUCAGCAACCUCCGCGUCCAGCAGGAGAGCCAGCAGAGGGAAAUCGAGUCUUUGAGACGCGAAGUUAAGGAUUUGAGGGGUGGGAACAUGAACUAAAUGGAAGGCAAUGGAGGAGAAACAUAACGGGAAUAUGGCUGGUGAUUUGCAUUGGAGUUGGUGGACGGUGACACUUCCUGAAGUUCAGGAACGGGGGAUCGAGAGUGAUGGAUGGGUGCGAUUUUUACGAAUUUUGGAUGUUGACGAUGGAAAAGAAGACCCUGACGGCCGCAGCUGCAGCUGAAGAAUGGUCUUUUGCUUGAUCUUUCGCGGUCGCUUUAUGCCUAUCUUUGUAUCUUUUAUUGGACGAUAUUUUGUACGUUGUUAUGGUUGUCGCGUGGUCGUUGUGUUGUGUUGUCGUUGUCGUUGUUGUUCGAGUAUUGCUUACUGGUCCUCUGUUGUUUCCGAGUCUGCGAAGAUUUAUUGCUCUACUACUAGUGAUAGGCUUAUGUUGUCU